AUGGAAAUUAACAUCACAUCAAGAGAAACCAUUAAACCAUCACUGCCAACUUCUGUAGAAUGCAAAACCCUAAAAUUAUGCUUGUUUGAUGUCUUUCAACUCAACACCUAUUUUCCAUUGAUCCUCUUUUACAAAAACACCACCAACCUUGAAGGAUUUUCAGAAUGCUCAACUCAGUUGAAGAAAUCACUAUCUGAGGCACUAACCAUUUUCUACCCUCUUGCUGGGAGAAGAUGUGAUUUCUUUUCCAUUGAUUGCAAUGAUGAAGGUGUAAUUUUCAUGGAAGCUUCGGUGAACACCAGCAUGGAAGUGUUCUUAAAACCACCCAAAUUAGAACUGCUAAACCAAUUACUUCCAUGUGAGCCUAACAAGUGCCAUCUUCAUGAAGAAGUGUUGCCCCAGUUACUUGUUCAACUAAACAAAUUCCAAUGUGGAGGAAUAGCCAUUGGCUUGUGUAACCUCCACAUUCUCUUGGAUGCAUAUUCUUGCAGUGCCUUCUUGAAAACCUGGUUUGCCAUUUGCAAAGGGUCAAAGGAAGAAAUCUCAUGGCCAGAUUUCUCUUCUGCUGCUUCUUCGUUCCCUCCAAGAAACAUCACUGGUGUACGUGCUGGCAUGUUGAAUAUAAACAAAGACUCGAACAUAGAAGAAAACUGCACCACAAGAAGAUUUUUGUUUGAUCACAAAGCCAUCAAUGAGCUAAAAUCCAUGUCAACAUGUGAUGAAACAAAACCUACACGAUAUCAGGUAGUAUCUUCAUUCAUAAGCAAACAUAUGAUUGUAGCAAUCAAAGAGGACAAAACAAGACCAAUGGUUUCAUUGCAUGUUGUGGACAUGAGAAAAAGAAUGGGGGAGCCUUUCUCAAAAGGUGUUGUUGGAAAUUUGUUGUGGCCUGCAUUGUUUGUUCUUGAGGGUGUAAACAAGAACACUGAGAUCAUAGAUUUGAAUGAUCCUUAUUUUUUGUGGAGUGAUGAGUGUGCAGAACUAAUGCUUGAAGGUAUAGCAGAAAAUAAACCAAUCUCAUUAGUGUUCACAAGUUGGGGUAAUAUGGGAUUCAAUGAAGUGGAUUUUGGUUGUGGAAAACCCUUUUGGCUAGAUCAAAGAGGAGGUAAUAAAGAAAGUAUCCCAAACACAGUGAUAUUGAUGGAAACAAGAGAUGGAAUAGAAGCAUGGAUCACAAUGCCAGAGAAACAUAUAAGUAUCUUGGAACAUGAUGUGGACUUCCUCCAAUUUGCAUUGCUUAAUCCUACUAUUUUAAUCUAA